AUGAGGCAAGCGUCCCAGUUGUCGGCUCGGUUGUGUGUGGGCGUGAAUGAUGACGAUGAUGUGCAGGUGUCGAAAGGUUGUCGCCCGAUUUUGGCGAACGCGGAGCGCACUUACAUUAUUUCGGCCUGCAAAUGGGUGCAUCGCGUGUUGGGGGAGACACCGUACGCGACGAGUCUGCGGUUUCUGCUGGAGGUUGCACAGUGUGCGUGUGUCGCCCACGGCGACGACGCCGUGGUCACGACCACUGGCACUGACUGCUACGCCGAGCCGCGAGCCGCCGGUCGGUAUAAAAUCUUCCACCGCACGGAAGGCAUUAGCUCCACCGAGAUCACCGCGCGUCUUACACACGCGUGUGCUGACGUUGGACUUGUAACCCGCAGCACCUGCCUCGACUACGCCCGUCCUGUAACGUCCUACCUCAGUUCCAAACGUCUCUCCAAGUUCAUCGAGAAGGCGCCACACAGACCUGCACUACUCGCACCCGUGGACACCGUCCACUCCCUCCACGCAAAGGCGGCAAAGACGGAACCCCACAGGACUGUGGCUGGCGACGCCACGACCGGAGACGAACUUGUUCCGAUGUGUACCACUACGGGCACCGCGCAGUCUUCCCCAGAGAACGUCCGCCUCAUGCCUUCUAUAGCUUUAUCUAGUCAGCAGCUGCAGUCGCGUGCUAAUGUUACUUCGAAUGAAAGGAGUUCCGGAAACGGCAAAAAUCCAGGAAACGGCAAAAAUCCAGGAAACGGCAAAAAUCCAGGAAACGGCGGGAGUUCGGCGAGCGGCGGGAGCCCGGUGGCGAAGGAGGCGAUUGCUGCGAAGACCAGUUUCGGUUGUCUGGGGGGGAAGGAUUGCGAUGAGUAUCGGGGUAUGAAUGUGAUCUACACGCGUGGUGCGUUUGACAUUUUGAGGGCAGAUCACAUUCGGUUAUUGGAGAAGGCGCGUUCGAUGGGUGAUUAUUUGGUGGUGGGUGUGUUGAGUGAUAGUGUGUGUGCGUCGUUGGAUCCGGAGAACAGACACGCUCCGAUCCUCAGCGCUACGGACCGGAUGCUUAACUUGUUAGCUCUGCAUUGUGUGGACGAAGUGAUCUGUAAUGUCGACUGGGAACUAGACCCGUCCAUGCUCGCCGCCCAUCGAAUCAACAAAAUCGUCCUACCACGGGACUCCUCACGGAUCCUCGCGCUCGAGAAAGAGGUGCCCCACAUCUCCUACUCGCUCGAGGAAAGCUCCCCUGCACACCACCAGUUCGACCCCGAAGGCAACCUAUUCGAAAAGGCAGCCACCGAACACUCCGAAGCCACCGCCGAAGACUCCGUCGUUUGGAUCGACGAUUGCUACAAUGUUAAUGAUCUGAGAUGCACCCUAAUAGACAUGGCAAACCACCUAAAUCACUAUGAAAUCCACUUGGAUAAAAGGCAAGCAAAAGAAGCUGCAAUGCAAACUAACAAGUCGGGCAAAACCGCCUGUGUGGAAUUGUAA